CAGUGGAUUCAGCGACCGAUACUUUUGUACAAGAAACCGUUCGCACGUGGUUUAGAGAGAGCACAGUUAUUGAGAUUGCCCAUCGUUUGCAUUCGGUUAUGGAUGUCGAUCGAGUUCUGGUUAUGAGUGCGGGCAAGGCAGUUGAAUACGACACGCCGGUGAAACUGUUGGAGACUAGAGGGGGGGUAUUCCGUGGCCUUGUGGAAGCGAAUGGGAGAAAUACGGCCCAGAAACUCAGCGACAUGGCAUACGAUGCUGAAAGGAGACGAAACAAGAAGCACCCCGAUAUGCAGAAGGAAGACACUGCCGAAUUAAGCCAAUCACACGCAGCAAAGAUUGAUGAGAGUGGCGCUGGCACUAGUGGGCAGAACACGUUACUCCCGGACUCUACGGACAAUGUGCUUACCAUAGGCGACGAAAAUUGAAGUGUACAAAAUGUAAAGUGUCAACUCAUUUCAAUCGUGGCUGAGUGAAAUUAGAAAUAAACUAGAGUAGAGGUGUAGAAAGG